GUGCUGCGGUGAGAAAAAAAAAAGUAAAAAAGGACUUAGUACGGGGGCCGGUGGCUGCGAGUGCAAGACGUGCAGAUGACGAACAUAGCGUGAAUCAGCGCUCCUAGCAGAAUGGACGUGGACCCACCGCCACCCCUUGGCACGGGCUCUAACCUGAAACGUUCGUCGAGUGCGCCCAUGAUCAAUGUCUUGGGAAACACGCCCACAUUCAGGGAGGCUCUCUCUCCACUGGUGCUAAGCAUCCCACGAACAAGACGCUUCAGUGCAAGCUUCAGUCCCAACCACUCGCCUUCGUCGCCACUAGCUGCGGUGCCAUCCCGCGUGAGCCAGAUCAAGCAAGAAGAAGGCAUGGAUGUCAUGAUCAGGGAGACUGCCCACGAAAAGGAGGUGCAGUCAAAGCUGCAGAUAUCGCAGUCCUGGGAUGAUCUUACCUUGGGUGAUGGCUGCCUAGGCGAUGGAGGCAAGAGGCCCCGGUCUCUGACUGAUCCUCUCCACAUAUUCACGCCACCCCCAGGCAUCUGCAAUUCCCCCUCUCCAACGCGCGCUGGCAAGCAGUGCUUUUCCCCGUCAAUGUGCGCUUCAAACAAGCAAGCAUUUUCUCCUAGUCCCAGCCCAAGUCCUACAAGGAAGGCAUUUGCAACAAGAAGUCAAAGCCCCAUCACCCUUAGGCCAAGCCAAUUUCCCGUAAAACGAAAAUUUGAUAUGGAGAUGGACCAGGGAGAUUCGUUGCCUAUGCCAACAAAGCGACUCAACCUCUCCGGUGGACCACAAGACAUGUCAGUGUCACACAUGCUGCAUCACAGCUUGUCGCAGAGCAGUCUAGAGGCGAUGAGCAGCCCUGAGCAAACAGUGCCACAGGACAUGGGAGACUCCCUGUCGAGCAGCAGUGGUUCCCCGGGGUGCCCCUCAGUCUUCCACCAACACCAUCAGUCUUCCUCCUCCGGCGUGCGGUCACCCCUUGCACCGGUCGUCUCCAUCGACAGCCCGUGCAACAUGGAAGACUCCUAACUCUGCCUUCCUUACUCUCCUUCCUUCUCACUUGCCCCUUAGUUACACCUUCUACCUCCUUAGUUGCCGCCUCGCUUUUGUCCCGAUUGUCACGCUCCAUUCCCAGUCACCUCCUUCCAACUAGAACCCCUCGAUGUACACUUCCACCCAGACUCUUUUAAACUGUGACCCAGGCUACACCUCCAUUCUGAGAGCCAUGCUUGGAGAAUCUUUUCCUAUCUGGAGCUAUCUUUGUCGAGCAGUCUUGUCAGGUCCUUGGCAGAAAAGCCUUCAGAGGCAUUAGCGGUUAACUUGGAGGUCUGCUAGCUAUGAAGCAGUAGUAGUUCACGGAUAUGCCAGCAUGCAAAUGUCAUAAAUUGUCGGACGAUGCGUGCUGCAGUAAGUACCUUGGUCUGUGGGCAUGUUUUCUAUGGGACACACAGCUGCAUUCCAAACAAGAGUGUAAAACACAACUUCAGGCUUUCAAAAGCUACAGCAAAAGCUCCGCACGUUAGUAUUAUUAUCCCACGUUCUCGCACCUGCCUCAUACGUGCUUUAUUGAUGGUGAUAUGGAGUAACCAACAUCUUUGGAAAGCUCGAGAUUUUUUUUUUGCCUCCCUAUUCUCUGUCUAGCUUUGUUGGCUGAGCAUGCAUUUUUCUGGCUCUCUCUGUUGUCCUUUUGGAAAAGUGUGGAAUGAAGUGUACAGGGGCUUCCCUUUCUCCCCAUUUAGCCCAUAUUUUCUCUCUCUCUGCUGGCACAUUGACGAUGGUGUUCAGAGCAGGACCUCUCAUGCUUCCAGGCAGCCUGAAUAUACAGGGUUGCCACCUUCGAGAAAGAUUUUCCGAUUCAUCAUUGGGGGGCUCCUUGAUGAAUGUCGGACUACCUGCAAAAAAAAAAACGUGCCUCGACCGCCAUCCAGCACCUCACAGUGUGUACGCAAGAGUUGACAACGAGCACUGCCUGCGGAUGUCGAAGCAUACACCUGCUUCUGGUUUUAGCUUGCACGUUUGUUAUUUAUUGUUUGCAAGGAUUCCUGUUAGGGCUUAGCCCGUGACCCCUUGACUUGCUCUUCAGUCAUGGCAAUGGUGCCCCUAGGUGACUGGUGUCAGGGAAAGCCCACAGAACACUGCUACAACGAACGCUGUUGCUGUGUAUCCUUAUGUGUGUGUCUAUUCUGAAAAACCCGUCACGCCCUUGACUGUUAGCAAAGCACUUGUUUCCAAGAUGGGUUGAGUUAUGCGUGCUGCUGUUUGCAAACUGUGUGGCAAUAGGCUCUGUCCUGGUUGGUCUGCAAAGCGAACAUUAUUGGGCGGCAAAAUGCACAUUCAUAAAAGGUGGGACUUGCAGCAGAUGUUGUACGCAACUCUCUUGCCUUUUUCUUAAAGCCAUUUGGAUCCGUUAAUGGGUAUUCAUGGCAAAAGUGAUGAAUAAGCGUAAUGGUGGUUGUCUUUUGCCAUAUUUUAAUUAAGUGCAUUAUUUGGUGCGGGAUGCUGUGUAUAUACAGCAGCAGGUAGUGCCAUGGACUUUUCACUGGUUGCAUGAGCACCGAAAUUGAAUUGCCAUGUAUGCCUAAGUGACAACUUUCUAUUUGGCAGUAUUGUACAUAGCCCGAACUUCAUGGUCACCUUCAGUGUGUUAGAUGAAAUCUUCUAUUCCAAAAGGAAUGGUUCAUGGGAAGAUUGAGUUUUGAAUUGUAAUCAGUGAACAUACAUGGGAAACCUUUACACGGUGCCAUUAUCUUGGAAUGUUCCCCUAAAGUUUAGCCAUUCUUUAUGAAUGUUUCUAGAGAUCCCAUGCAUUAUUAUCUCUGUUUGCUUUGUAGAUAAUAGUCAUUGAGUCUCAAAACAGAUGGAAAGAAAGCCACGUAAUAACUUGCUUUUUUAUCCAUCAAUGUCUGUUGCUGUAAGGAAAGGGCAAAGCCAUUACGAAAUUUCAUGCUAAGGGCUUUCUUUUUCUCCAGCAAUGGUGAAGUAGGCAUCACUACUGAAACAGAUGCUGAUGUAACUCUAAUCCAGACUGUUUUCCAAAGGCUGCACCCUAGGAGCCUCUCUUUGGCACUCCCGGAAAAUUGUUGCUUGGUUCAUUUUGAUGCGGGGUGGUCUGUCUCCUGUGAAACUGCUGCAAGACACCUGGUAUGGCUGCUUGCUGCCCAAUACUGUUCUCAUUGUUAGAGAUAGGCAAGAGGGGAAGGGGGUCUAGGGGUGCACUAGUCUUGUGGUGCUCGUUGUGACCAUUCGAGAGACAGUUGAUGCCUACAAAGCAAAAUGUCACAUCACCCUCUUUAUCAUUUCUCGUAGUGUGUACAAACAGUGGUAAUAGUGCGUGCAUGUUUUGUGUGUGUACAUAUAUAUAUAUAUAUAUAAAUAUGCAUAACUGAAAGUGGUAAGCCUAUUUCUUGGAAGAACUUGUUUGAAUGUGACGCGUUGCGAUUGCUUGGAGAUGUCAGGUUCCGAGGACACCUUAUACACCCUGUUUUUGCUACAUUUUUGUAGUCUGAUUUCUUCUUUUUUCUUUUUUUUUCACUGCUGUGCACUUGCACCUGUGUUGGACAAAUCCAUCAGUUGUCUGGUACAGCUUCUUGACUAACGUUUGGCAAAUAGGAGAGCAGUUAUGCUGCCAUAUUUGUUUUUGUAUAUCUACAUGUACAGAAGAGAUGGUAGACCUUGCGCCAAUAUCCUAAUUUUGGUCGCGGCUGUAACGGCCUCGUUUUCAACUUGCUAUGCUCCACUUGGGCACGUGUUCCUCAAAAGGCGAGUUUCUCGCCAUUAUGCAACGUUUGUCCCAUUUGCUCUCAUUUAAUUUCUGGAGAGCUUGAUGACGUGCCGGAAUCGGAACUGUCUGAGGGCAAAUAUAGUGCACACUUUUCUUUUUCUUUUUGCAUAUUAUUGAAGCCUUCUUCACAACGAACUGCGACGUGUAUUUGUUUUUGUUUGCGUAAGCAUUGGGACUGGCUAACAAAAGAAAGAAAUAUCUUCUGCAACUCAUCUGUGAAGCCAAACAUUGUAUUGAAUGCUGCUUUGAGUCAAUUCGCGAACAAAACUUUAUUGCAGCUGUCAGUUCACGUGCCAUCUGUGAAAAUUCUUUUGCUUUUUUCUGGCUUUUUGGUUUCAUAGACUUUUGCGUUGGAGUGAUGCCUUCAUGGCAUGUCUGCACGGCUAGACAAUCUCUACUCUAGUGAGUGCUAAGCAGCUUACUGGUGUCAUAUCUAAUUCAGUGACCACUCUUGUGCCGUCACAGUAGUUGGCAGCAGGCGGGUGCUUUAACUAUCUUGGCACGUGCCUACCUCUGCGGCCAGUGCCAAAAAUUAGAGGCCAUAAGACACAAAACUUGCACGGCGGCCAUGUUUACAUAGAGCGGGUUCUCUCAGAUAUUUGGCGCCUCGCAUUGUGUUGUGUUAAUAGCACUGAACCUUCAAUUCCACCUUAACGAAUUUCUCUCCUCUUUUGUCCGAGCCAACAAUCUUGUUGGCAGUGUACAAAAUUUCUUGUGGAUUACUGCCAACAUGCAAGUGAGCAAAAAGAAGCAAAUAUUAAAAGUGCCUGUUCUAGUUUUUUGUUUGUUAUCAGAGCUGUAUCGAAGUCACGACAGCACUGGGAAAAUGAAAAGCAAUGUGCACUAGCUAGUCACUACGAAAUGGAGCUCGAGUAAAGGCAAAUGCCAUUGUAAGUCACAUUCACAAAUCUGUCAUGUGGUCUGUGGCUCGUAUGAAUGUAAAGGAGAUUUAGGAUCGUGCUAAUUUUGCAAAUUUACAGCUACACAAGAACAUAUCGGAACACAAACUUUCAAAGUGAUUACAUCUGUUCGAUCUCAAGUUGACGACUGCUCUCUGACGGCAGUCACGUUAAAUGUUGAAGGUUCAGUGCUACCAUGUCACUGCUCUGCCAAAUUGCAGCUUGUGAAACAGCAUGCCUUUACUGAAGGCACCUAAAUGCUUAAAUUCAUUCAUCACUGUGCAGGCAUUAUUACUUCUCUUCAACCUACUGUGAGCGCUUGCUGUUUUUUCUCCUGCAAUGUGUGACAGUUGUAGCUAUGUUUAGGUUUUUGGGGCAUUGUUAUUUAUUGCCAUAUAGGGGCUGUCAAUGCGACGUGUUUGCACAUACCUUCAACAUUCACUUCCCACACUAGUUUUCUUAUUUGAAUUUUAUAGGCAAACUUUCAAAGCCCCAGCUGUAUGUGUCUAGUUUUUUAUCUAGAUAUGUGUUUUCACCGCAGCUCUUUUCUUAUUUUCUUGUUUGACUGUUAUCACCGUCAUUGUUACGUUGUUUGCUAGACACGGUGUACGCACCAGCCCUAUAAAGUGGUGUCUCAUGAAGGCCACACCUAGGAGCUGAUGGAAGUACACUGUUGUGGAGUAAGGCUGGAGCUGCACAUUAGGUCUCUGCAAAGAAAACCCAAUCUUUGUCUCUGCACUGAAGCUUUUUUUUUUUCAUUUUCUUUUUAACUUGUUUAGUUACCGUAUUUCUUGCCAUUCUUCGUGGUGCUGAGAGGGUGGAUAAAAAUAUUUUGUUGCCUCCUGUAUUCUACCGCCUCUAUGAGACGAAAAUGAAAAAGGUAUGCUGUUUUGGUUCACACAGUUUACGUUUUUUUGCCAGUUUCUUUUUUUACAUGUGUACACAGGCAUAAUAAUGCUGGCCGUACUACAAGCAGUAGCGCUUCACGACAGGUGCCGUGUACAAAUGUGGAGUCCAGUUGUCGGCAACUUGUGUAGCGGCUAUGAUUUGUGUAGAGUUGUUUGAUUCGAUCUCGAAUUUCUUGCAACUGAUAAUUGCGUGUGUGCCCCUUUCCAAAGAAGGCGUGGGUGUUGCAAUUAUUAUAUGCGGCAAGUUGUAUUGUAAAAUUGAAAUGUCUUUUUUUUUUCUUCAUUUACAUUAAAAGCUGCAAAAUAUUGACCACCAAUGCACAUUCAGUGUUCUGGGUAAAACUCUUUGUAGAGAUAUUCAUUUCACAAUUACUAUUGGACAUCUGUGAGAUGUACUUGUAUCGCCCAUGCUUGCAUGUCCCUCGCAGAGUUGAUUUAUUUAAUAGGCAUGAAAAUAUUGAUAGGCGUUUCCUGACUGAAGUAUUUAACAUUGACUUGGUAAGAAUUGUAAUUGAUGCAACUUUAAGAAUGCAGGCUUGAAGGGCUAAACAGGGAUUUGUAAAAACAGCAGCUCUUAGAUGUAAUAUUAAACUCUACUCGCAUGUUAAAAAUUCUGUGCCCAUAAUUUCCUUUUCAAUUAGAAAAUAAAAGGGCAUCUUUUUCCAUGCCUGACCACACUUAAGAGCGUUCUUGUGAACUAUAUUUUUCAACCUUCAAUUUACCUGUUCUCUUGCAUUUUAUUUCUUCAGCAUUCAACUACCAGUAGGUCUCUCGUCGCCAAUGAACACUUAGUUUAUGUUUGUAAAAGUACUUUGCAACCACUUGUAUGUAUAAUUCACUCCUGAUGCUUUGUCCUGGUUUGUCAUCUAAGAACAAAAAUAUUUAUGCAUUUACCUGCACCUGUCUUACUUCAUUCUUUCCUGCAUUUCUUUUUCUUUUCUUGGUCCUUUCCACAACACAUUGAACACAUACACGUGCUGAAAAAAAGGUUGCAAGUCAGAUGUUCAUUGUACAAUGUUCUUCAGUUAUCAUCUACAGGACUGGUCUUAGUCUCGACAUAAUAUGCACAGCUUACGCUUAGUCCGCAGAUGCCAUGGUGCAUUCAUAAAACUUUGGACUGUGUUUUGUGGUUUGAGAGAUGACGGGAGCCAGAUUUUGUAACUAUUCCUUCUGUUUCAACAGUUCCUUUUAUAGUUCGUUUAUUUGUUUCGUUUUCAUUUAUUCGUACCUCAAGGGUUUUGAGGGACAUUACAUGAGGGGUGGGCAAGAGAAAAAGAAGAAAAAAAAACAGCAGCAGUUCACAGUUAAAAUGAUGACAAAUGGUUCUUUACGGCAGUUUUAAAUUGAACAAAAUUUGUUGACAUGGCGAUGUGGGCGGGAAGGUCGUUCCAGCCUUGCGCCGUCUGAAGGAAGAAUGAUUUCUGGAAGUUCUUUGUUCGGGUACGAAUGGGAUGGACUGCGUUCGGGUGACAAUGGCGCGAUAUCCGAUGUGCAGGUCUGAUGAAUGCAUUGCCUGGUGGCAAGGAAUGAAAAAACUUAUAAUACAGGCACAGACGUGAAAUUUUACAGCGGGGGGCAAGAUGAGGAAGGUUAAGCUGAGAUUUUACUGUUGCCACACUUAUGUUAGUCGAGUAAUUCGAGAUAAUGAAUCUGGAAGCACGAUUCUGGAUGGAUUCAAGCAUGUUUGUAAGGUUAGCUUGAUGAGGAUCAAAAAUGGCAUUAACAUACUCAAGUUUAGGCUUUACAAGCGUUUUAUAAGCUAUUAGUUUAGUAGAGGUAGGUUCCGAGGCAAGGUUGCGACGGAGAUAACCGAGGACUUGAUUGUCAAAGUUAUCAAAAUGUCAAAAUUUCCUAAUCUGGUACAAAUGUUUGAGAAAAGUUGCUGCUUGAUAUCAAAUAAAAUAACAUAUAUUCUUUCGGUUUCUAGGCGACAUGAAGUACAAAGAGGCCACCCGAUAAUAAAUGAAAUUGGACGUUGCAUUCAUAUACACUUGCAGCAUGCAACAGUUCACAAUGGCAUAUCCAGUUUAUUGUAGAGCAUGCAAUUAUAAACAGUAAGAUAUCUGGGACUCUGUAGCAGGGAUUGUAAUGAAACAGGAAAUAUUGUUUUGGUACACCACUGCAAAGCCAUAGUGGGUGUAGACAUGAAAGUGGCCAAGUAAUUAAUGUGAACAAAUUCGUGUAUAGACCUGCUUAAAAGCAGGUCAUGCUUACUGAAUGGUUGGAAGCUAUUGAGCAGAACUUUCAUGUCCCAUUAAAUAGGUGCCCUUGUAUAACAACCACAGCUCCCAAGUCGAGAGCAGGAUUGUUGGGCAACAGUCUUUGUGUUCAUCAUUGUCUUCUGCAAACCCAAGUUUUCUUGUCGCUGAUAUGCUUGAAAAAGAAAAGCUUUUCACAACUACAAAUGAAUUCCCACAUCGAAUAGCAGAGACUACUGGCUUCGUGUUUGAAUACAAACACCCCCAAUUUCUUGCCAUCUACUGCGCAAGUGGUCAAUACUGAAAAUUGGAGCAGCAUGGCAAUGUGUGAGCCAGGUGACAAAGUGGAAAGAAAACCUGAAAAAUUUGGAGCCUGGUGUGUAUUGAAAAUGUGUCGGAAGUUGUAUUCCCAACGUCAAACGGAGUGAACUUGUCAUGGCCAUUUGUCGAGCAUGGAUGGUUUUUCUGAGGUGGCUAUCUAAAGACGUACAUUGGUGUGCCCUUCAUUUCUGUGCAUUGCCAGAGUGCUGCUACUACUACACAUAAUAAUACACCUGCACACGAGAAAGAGCUUUGUUGAAUAUAAGUAGUUUAUUGCGUGUGUUGAAGCAACGUACUCGGAUGUCCUUGUUUAUAUGUAUUGAUGCUAUGCGAGAGUUUUCCUGUUUUUUUUUUUAUGGAAGCUUUUCUGAUGGUUGCAGAGUUUGCUUGCCGAAGCAGGCGCAAUUCACAUAUAAAUAUUAUAUAUACUGUACACACAGAAUGAGUGCUCUUUGUUUGUAUAUUAUGUAAACAUAUCAAGUGGCUUGCUCGUUAUGUGGCGUGCAGCCAGUGUUUAUGCACAUUGAUGCGCAAUUGUUUUUGAGUGGUCUCAACCUGUAGUGCUUGUGCAAUACAAGUGCACAAAGAUGAGAUGACACCUAUUAAAAUUUUAUCCAUUGA